GUUUGGGCUGUGCAGCAGCGAAGAGUAGUGUUGAAAGGGCUUCAGUCCAUGUUGCUGCUCCUGGGGCGCUCGGUUCCGCUGCUUCUCACCCGUACAGUCACCUCCUGUCCAUCCGCGCUACCGAAGCCCAGUUGGAUCAGUUCCGUGUUGAUAAAGCUCGGACAAAUAAACGGAGCUCCACACAUUUCCCUCUUCAGUAGCGCAAGCGGCCAAAAUACAGGAACCAUGCCCGAAAGAAGGCCCUUCGUGCGGUUACCUACUGACGUUUACCCUGUCAACUACGGCUUAUGUCUGAGGCCGGACCUGAUCGACUUCACGUUUGACGGCAAGCUAGAGGCACAAGUGGAGGUCACACAGGCUACGAAUCAGAUUGUGAUGAACUGCGCUGAUAUCGACAUUAUCACAGCUUCCUUUGCACCAGACGGAGGAGACGAAAUCAAUGCCACAGGCUUCAACUAUCAAAACGAGGAUGAGAAAGUCACCCUGUCGUUUCCCAGUGCCCUACAGAAAGGCUCCGGCACGCUGAAGAUCGACUUUGUGGGGGAACUAAACGACAAAAUGAAAGGCUUCUAUAGGAGUAAAUACACAACAGCUGCUGGAGAGACCCGCUAUGCAGCUGUCACACAGUUUGAGGCCACAGACGCUCGCAGAGCUUUUCCCUGUUGGGAUGAGCCCGCCAUCAAAGCCACCUUUGACAUCUCCCUGAUAGUUCCCAAGGACAGAGUAGCCUUGUCCAAUAUGAAUGUCAUCGAUCGGAAGCCAUACGUAGAAGAUGAGAACCUGGUGGAGGUAAAGUUCGCCACCACGCCCAUCAUGUCCACAUACCUGGUAGCUUUUGUGAUCGGUGAAUAUGACUUUGUGGAGAGCCAGUCGUCAGACGGCGUAACGGUACGCGUCUACACACCCGUCGGGAAGGCGGAACAAGGGAAAUUCGCUUUGGAGGUUGCAACUAAAACCUUACCUUUCUACAAAGACUACUUCAGUGUUCCUUAUCCUUUACCUAAGAUCGAUCUCAUAGCUAUCGCUGACUUUGCUGCAGGUGCCAUGGAGAACUGGGGCCUUGUUACAUACAGGGAGACCGCGCUGCUAAUUGACCCCAAGAACUCCUGCUCGUCCUCCAGGCAGUGGGUGGCGCUGGUGGUAGGACACGAACUCGCCCACCAGUGGUUCGGGAACCUGGUCACCAUGGAGUGGUGGACUCACCUCUGGCUCAAUGAGGGCUUUGCCUCCUGGAUCGAGUACCUGUGUGUGGAUCAUUGCUUCCCAGAGUACGACAUCUGGACCCAGUUUGUCUCUGCAGACUACACCCGCGCCCUGGACCUGGACGCCCUGGACAGCAGCCACCCCAUAGAGGUGAACGUGGGCCAUCCAUCGGAAGUAGAUGAAAUAUUCGAUGCCAUCUCGUACAGCAAAGGAGCCUCUGUGAUCCGUAUGCUGCACAACUACAUCGGAGACGAGGACUUUAGGAAAGGAAUGAAUUCCUACCUUUUAAAGUUCCAACAUAAAAACGCAUCAACAGAGGACCUGUGGGACUGUCUGGAACAGGCCAGUGGGAAACCCAUAGCAGCAGUGAUGAGUUCAUGGACCAAGCAGAUGGGCUUCCCAAUAAUAGUGGUGGAUCAGGAACAGCAAGGUGAGGACCGAAUCCUGAAGAUAUCCCAGAAGAAGUUCUGUGCCAGUGGACCUCAUAACGGUGAGGAUUGUCCUAGUUGGAUGGUGCCCAUCAGUAUCUGUACGAGCGAGGACCCUAAAUGCUCCAAGCUCAAGCUGCUGCUGGACAAAGCAGAGACGACUGUGACUCUGAGCGGCGUCGCUCCUGAUCAGUGGAUCAAGAUCAACCCUGGAACUGUGGGAUUCUACCGGAUCCAGUACAGCUCCUCCAUGUUGGAGAGUCUGCUGCCGGGAGUCAGAGACCUGAGCCUGCAGCCUGUGGACCGGCUGGGCCUGCAGAACGACCUGUUCUCUCUGUCCCGUGCAGGGAUGAUCAGCACGGUGGAGGUGCUGAAGCUGAUGGAGGCGUUUGUCAAUGAACCAAACUACACGGUUUGGAGCGACCUGAGCUGUAACCUGGGAGUGUUGUCCUCACUGCUGUCUCACACUGAGUUCCACGAGGAGAUCCAGGAGUUCAUCAGGGACCUCUUCUCCCCGAUCGGCCUCAGGCUGGGCUGGGACAGCAAGCCAGGGGAAGGCCAUCUGGACGCCCUGUUGAGAGGCCUGGUUCUGGGGAAACUGGGCAAAGCGGGACACAAACCCACCCUGGAAGAGGCCAGGCGGAGAUUCAAGGACCAUGUGGAGGGGAAGCAGGUGCUGCCUGCAGACCUGAGGAGCCCAGUGUAUCUAACGGUGCUGAAGCACGGGGACAGCACCACACUGGAGACGAUGCUCAAGCUCCAUAAACAAGCAGACAUGCAGGAGGAGAGGAACCGCAUUGAGCGAGUCCUGGGGGCCAUCUCUGCUCCUGAUCUAAUCCAGAAAGUCCUCAGCUUCGCCCUCUCGGAAGAGGUCCGUCCCCAGGACACGGUGUCUGUAAUCGGAGGCGUGGCGGGAAGCAGCAAGCAAGGCCGGAAAGCUGCCUGGAAAUUUGUCAGGGAUAACUGGGAGGAGCUCUACAACCGCUACCAGGGAGGCUUCCUUAUAUCACGCCUCAUCAAGCUCACAGUCGAUGGUUUUGCUAUUGAUAAAAUGGCUGCUGAAGUUAAGAGUUUUUUCGAGAGCCACCCGGCGCCUGCGGCUGAGCGCACCGUGCAGCAGUGCUGCGAAAACAUCCUCCUGAACGCCGCCUGGCUGAAGCGUGACGCAGACGACAUCCAGCAGUAUCUACUGCAGCGCAAGGCGCCCCCUGUCUGAGCCGCCUGUCCGCUGCAUGCUCUCCUCCCCGCUCCCCCCCACCCACCCACCCAACGCCAUCAUCAUAACCGUCUCGCCCACCUUCAGUGACUUUAUAUCAGAAGGGGAGAUGAGAUCCUCUAGCUUCAUCACUCCAAACUGAACUAAACGAGACAAAGCCAAGGAUCGCCCCGAGCUUCGGAAGGAAGAGUGGAAAUGAAUCCGUAGAAUCAGACCAGGAAUGUAGGUUUGCUCCCCGUCUGUCCAUGACGAAGGACGUACCCAUCCGUUGGUGCACCACACCAUAUUUCCACCCUCUAUCACAUGCCCUCGUAUGCACACCGUUAUCCUUCCUGUAUCAUCGCUGAGAAAACUGUGAACCCCCCCAAUCAUUAUCUCUGCUCCCGUUUUGUUUGCAUGGAAUCUCAUUUUCCUCCUCUAUCUUUUUGGAAUCAGUUCCCAUUAUUUCCCCCUCCGCUCAGCUCCUGUCGGCUGACCCUCCUCCUCUAGAGGGCGCUGUGGCUGGUUGAACUCGCCACUCGUCUGGACAGAGGGAGCUUCUUAACACUAGUUUCCAACAGCAUUGAUCACACUGCUAAUACAGCGUUAGGAACGGGCAGACAGCGCUAGCAUGGUACUAUGAUGUAAACUGUUUGAUGCAAGCAUUUCUCUCUGAUAAUCUUUUAAAAGAAAUAAUGAAACUAUCCAUGAAUCAUGUCUCCACCCUCCCUUCAUGCACCUCUGUUAAGUCGGUUUGUAUAGUUGGAGGAAAAAAAAAAACUAUUUAAUCGUGUUUCUCUAUCCGCUUCCAGCCAUUAAAUAACGAUUCAGGAGUGUUUUUUUAUAAGACAACAGAUGCAGUGAUUUAUUUAAAUGUUAAAAUGGUCUUUAUUUGAGGAAGA